AUGAAGUACCUCUCUGCUCUCGUUCUGGCCUUUGCCGCUUCGGUCUCGGUCGCCUCGGCCGGCCACGACAUGAUGGUCGCCAUCCCUCCCGGACAGGGUCGCUCCAGCCGUGGUAUUCGAUCCGUCAUCACCGGUCACAAGAUCCGCUCCCACGGUCACCAUACGCGCAGGCAGGCGCACCACGACGACGAGCUCCUUGACCGUCGCUUCAGCAAUGCCACCCUCAACGCUGACGAGCAGGAGGUUGCCGCCAUCGCCGCCUCGCACAAGAAGAAGCGUGGCACUUGCACCCCCAGGUCCACCAAGAACGCCGCCGCCAACUACAAGGCCGGUGCCAGCUCCGGCUCGUCCUCCGCUUCGAGCUCCAGCUCUGCCUCGCAGGCGUCUGCUUCAGGUUCUUCGGGCUCCAACUCCAACUCCAACACCGGCACAGUCAAGGCCACUUCGCAGGGCUCUUCGUCUGGUUCCUCUUCAUCCUCGAAUGGUCCGUCUACAUCGCAGUGGAAGCUCGUCAAGUCCUACUCGGGCUCGACUUUCUUCGACGACAUGGACUUCUUCACCAUGGGCGACCCCACCCACGGCUCCAUCACCUACGUCGACCGUAACACUGCCCAGAACCAGGGUCUCAUCGGCACCAACAACGGCCAGGUCACCAUGAAGAUCAACCCCGGCAACGGCUGGGCCCAGUCGGUGCGCAUCAACACCAAGGACUCGUUCACCACUGGCAUCUUUGUUCUCGAUGCCGAGCACAUGCCCGUCGGCUGCGGUAUCUGGCCCGCCUGGUGGUCGACCCCGACCAACCCUGCCGGCGGCUGGCCCAACGGAGGCGAGAUCGACAUCAUCGAAGGCGUCAACGACUACUCGUACAACACCUACUCUGUUCACACCACGGGCGGCUGCAACGUGCCUCAGAACCCCAACAUGAAGGGCAAGUUCACGCUCCAGGACUGGCGCGCGACCAACUGUGCCUCGGACGUCACUGGCAACCAGGGCUGCGGUGUCACCUCGACCACCAACGGCGACUUUGGCGUCAACUACAACAACAACGGCGGCGGUGUCCACGUCAUGUACUGGUCCGAGUCGGAUGGCAUCUCGACCUACUUCUUCCCCAAGGGUUCGGUGCCCAACGACAUCAGCACUGGCUCGCCCGACCCGUCCAACUGGGGUCAGCCCCAGGCCCACUGGCCCGCGACCAACUGCAACAUCGGCAACUACUUCUACAACCACGUCGUCGUCUUCACCAACACGGUGUGCGGUGACUGGGCCGGUUCCGGCGAUGUUUGGUGGAACGCCAUGAACGGUCAGUCGCAGUCGUGCGCGGCCAAGACGGGUCAGAGCUCGUGCCAGGCCUACCUCAACAGCAACCCUGACUUCAGCCAGGCGUACUGGACCAUCAACUCGCUCAAGAUCUACCAGACCUCGCGUCGAUCGUAG